CAAUGACAGACUGCUUUAUUUAAGAACAUUAUGCAUCUCUUCAUCACUUAUGCAAACAGGAGUGCUCUAAAAAUUCAAUGUGUGUGCUUCGUAAAGCAAAUUAAGUCCCUACUGACCUCCUUUGUAAACAUGCGACUUGCAAUUCCUAAACACAAAGUAAAAACAAACUCCUGCUGGGCUGAAUCGCGCGACCUAAAAUCUACAGCAGCUUUGAAUUCAGAGACUACAGUUCCCGGCACGCCCCGGGGCGAGGGGAGGGCAAGUGAUUACCGACUAGAACUACAACUCCCGGCGUGCCCCGGCCUCACGCGUGGUUUGUGCAGUGAGAACUACAUCUCCCAGCAGGCCGCGGGAAGGGGUCGGGUAGGAGGACCGCCGCGCCGAGCUUCCCACAACUUCCUGGACUCAGUUGAGCUUCCACCUUGGAAAGGAUGGAGGUGACUGAGGAUGUCGGAGCUCCGGAACCCGGCGAGAUCCGGAAUCUAAAGCCGUGUCUGCUUCGCCGCAACCACAGCCGCGAACAGCACGGUGUGGCCGCCUCCUGUCUGGAGGAGUUGAGGAGCAAGGCCUGUGACAUUCUGGCCAUUGAUAAGUCUCUAACACCAGUUACCCUGGUCCUGGCAGAGGAUGGCACCAUAGUGGAUGAUGAUGAUUACUUCCUGUGUCUACCUUCUAAUACUAAGUUUGUGGCAUUGGCCAAUAAUGAGAAGUGGGUAUACAACAAUUCAGAUGGAGGUACAGCUUGGAUUUCCCAAGAAUCCUUUGAUGUAGAUGAAACAGACAGCAGGACAGGGUUGAAGUGGAAGAAUGUGGCCAAGCAGCUGAAAGAAGAUCUAUCCAACAUCAUCCUCCUGUCGGAGGAGGACCUCCAAGUGCUCAUCGAUGUUCCAUGUUCAGACCUGGCUCAGGAACUAUGCCAAAGUUGUGCCACCAUCCAGGGGCUCCAGAAUACACUCCAGCAGGUGCUUGACCAGAGAGAGGAGGCCCGCCAGUCCAAGCAACUCCUGGAGCUUUAUCUACAGGCUUUGGAGAAGGAGGGCAGCACCUUGUCAAAGCAGGAAGAGUCCAGAGCUGGUUUCAGUGAAGAGGUAGAUGCAGUUGACACAAGUGUCAGCAGAGAGCUCUCCUCUGAAAUUGCACUGCCGGGCCAGAUCCUCACUGCACUGAAGGAGAAGCCUGCUCCAGAGCUGAGUUUAUCUAGUCACCAUUUGGAGUUGGUUACCAAAGAAGACCCCAGAGCACUGGCUCUUGCUUUGAACUGGGACAUGAAGAAAACAGAAAACGUCCAGCAGGCCUGUAAGCAGGAGUUCGCCCUGCGCCUGCAGCAGAUCCAGAGCCUACAUUCUCUCCGGAACAUCUCAGCAAGGAAGAAUUCACUAUCUGAAGAACCACAGAAUCCUAAACGAGCCAGACAAGAUCGCACAUAGUUAAAGCUGGAAAUAUGCCAGAGAAAAACCUGUGGCCUUGUUUUUGUUAUCCGUGAUGCCUUUAGCCUAUACACUACCGUACCCCCUGCCUUUGAGUAUGUUCUGGAUCAGGUUGGAAGGCUAGCUUUAUGCUUUCUCCAGAAAAGCUAUUCCAGGUCUCAACAUGCCCCACUACUGGUUUUGAAUGAUACAGCCACACCAACCGUAUCCCACCUCCGCUAAUUAUGUCUUCUUAUGUUCCCUGUUUAAAAGUAAUUGUCAAGGACAAUGAAAAGAAACUGUCUCAUUUUAGAACUCCUUAUCCUAAAGCUAGAAGUGCAGAAAAACACAGAUAAUGUAAUAAAAAGCAACACGUGACAUAACAGAGCAUUGAUUAUGGCCAUAAACUUGUUUCUCAAGUUAAUGAAUUUUUUUGUUUGUUUAAAGGCACACAUUAAAUUUGCAGACCAUAGGGACAGACAAUCUACUUUCCCAUUUCUAAUGUCUAAUUCGGUAUUGUGAAAUUGUAUCUUUUAUCACUGCAAAAUUCUUUUCAGUUUUCUAAUAUGUUUUACUGGCAGGGGGUAUAAAAGGUCAUUAAAGCAAUUUCCAUGUGAUGCAA